ACUUAAUGUAGGAAUUGCAUAAAUUUCCAUUCUCAAUUUUUCCUUCUGUGUUUAAAGGAAGUAUUAAAAAUAUUAAUUGAAAAACAUUGAUGGGUAAUUAAAAGUAUGAGUGCUUUCCAUUACUUGGAUGUGCAAUUGAAUCUACGAGACGAAAAAUCUGCUAUUAUAACUCCCGCCUACUUUCAUGGUUGCGUUGAAAACUCAAUUCUCGAUUUAUUUGGUGAAAUUAGCGGUUACAGUGAAUUGGAGUUAAUUCAAUUUAGUAAAGCACAAAAAAGAGGCGUUUUUAAGGUACCCAAAACAUUUUAUGAACAGAUACGCGCAUCAAUUGCAUUAAUUGGUCACUAUCAGGACAUUCCUUGUCAUUUUGAAGUGCUCCGAGAUUCGGAAGAGUGUAUAGAAAUUUAGCUUAAUCGAAAU